AUGAAUUUGGAGGCUGUUUCUAGCAGCCAAAGUUGUGGGCACCAGCUGCUUGAAAGAGUGUUGAUCCAAGAGUUUCAGCUGAAAGAAGCAGUUUGCUGUGUUUCUGAGGGAGAAGAGUGCCAAACAGAUGAGAUGGAUGCUACUGCUGAUGACUGUUCUGACACUGAGAGGGGAAAAGAAAGCCACUUUCCAAAAGACACAGCGUGGGGCACUGUUCCAUGCCCCAUUGCUCAAACCAAUAGCUGUGAAUUAAAAGAGGUUGUCGAGGAUAUUUCAUUUGGUGAAGAUGAUCAUUUGUAUGAGGACUUCCACUUAUUUUCUGCAGAACUGGGAGAAAAAUGUGAAGCAAUAAGUGAGAAAUUGGUGCAAUUAGAAGAUCAACUCCAAACAGCAGUCUGCAGCUUGGAUGAAGCUGAAAGCCCUUGGAUAAAAUACAGAAAACUGAAAGGCUGCUUACACGAUCCAGCAUCAGAGUAAAGGUUACUUAACUUUUAUAGAACCAUCUGCUGCACCUACAUAUUUAGAAAUUUUCCAACUUUAAAGCACAAACUGUUUUUUCACCUGUGUUAUCUGAUCCUCUUAUUGUAUUUGUAGAAAUCAAUUACAUUCACAAAAGAUAGUGAUUGUACUGAGAAAGGAAAUUAGCCUUCAGAAAGUGUAAAUGUACAAAGCAAAAGAACAGAUUAGUUUGACUGGGGUCUUGGGUUAGUGUUUAUUCUUUGUAAUGAAUAAAUGAGCCAUGGAACACUAGUUCAAGUAAGAGAAAAUGGGAGGCAGAUUUUGGGUGAAGGUAAAGAUAGCAAGCUUUCCUAGCGCAAGCAGCAGUAAAAGUACUUGCUGGAGGUCAGGGAGUCUGAGAUUGUUCUUGGCACAGGAGCAAGAUAAUAGAAAUGAAUAGCUAUGAAUGCAAGAACAAUAAUAAGGGAACAGCAGGGAAGGAGAGUCAGGAAUACCAUACAAAAUGAGAGGAAAUGAGAACUAAUAUACAGUUGGGACCAAGAUUAUGUAACAUUUUGAAGAUUAGGAAAUGAAACUUGAAUACAGAUUCAGUCCUACUUUCUCAAAGGACAGCAAUUUUAUUGGAGUGACUGGAGAGAAGGAUUUUGGCAGCACUAGGUGAAUUUGAUUGGGGAGAAAAGAUGGAAGAGGUAGGAGGGUCUAGAAAAGAAGUUUAAAACAGACAAGAUAAUGAUGGACAAGAACUGGACAAUGGUUUUCAGAGAAUGGGGAGGAAAAGAGAGAGUAAGGCUGUGUUACAGAGACAAAAGGGAUCGCCCUUAAACACAGGCUACAUAGGGAGAAGUGUAAAGAGAAUGGUGGGGUUGUAAAUCUGGGGCUAUGUCUAAAUUACAGAGUUUUGUCAGAAAAAUGGCCAUUUUUCCGACAAAACUUGA